AAGGUCAGGCGGAAAUAUGGCGGUGAUCAUGAAGGCGCUGCUGAGCCUGAGGAGACACGCGUUUCAUUAUAAGCCGGUGCUCCGCCGGCAUUCCAGCCUGAUAACUGACUUGAUAGAAAACAUGGAUAAAAAAGAGACCUGGGACAGAUUUUAUCAGGAGAACAACAGUACUAAAGAUGGUUCUCAAAACCUGCGGAACUUUGAGUGGUUCUUCAGCUUUGACGCCGUCCAGAGCUUCAUCCUUCCACUGCUGCAACCGCAGUCAUCACAUGAAGCCCCAAAGAAUGCUCUGGAUGUGGGCUGCGGCACGUCGGCCGUGGGCCCCGGGAUUUACAGGCACUCGCCCUGGCCGGUGCGGGUCACGUGUGCCGACAUCUCCGCGGUUGCGAUCCGCCUGAUGCAGGAGCAGCAGCAAAGCAGGCCAGUGCAGCCGGGGAACACAUCCUCCAGCCUGCUGUUCCUGGAGCUGGACUGUUCCCAACUCCUGCAGCAGUUCGGCUGCUGCAGUUUGGACUUGAUCGUAGAUAAAGGCACGACCGACGCUUUGUUGAGAUCUAAGGAGGGUCCAGCCAAAGCUGGGCAGGUCUUACAGCAGUGUCUCAGAGUGCUGCGGCCAUCUGGGGCUCUUCUCCAGUUUUCAGAUGAAGACCCAGAUGCUAGACUCUUAUGGCUGGAAAAGGAGAGUGGGGCACUGGGGGGUGGAACCACAGGGGUCAAAGUGCAGGAGGUAGGAACUUUAAGGGGCAUUUCCUAUUAUUGCUAUACAAUAAGCCCCACCAGUUCCCCUUAGCCUUUGACCCAUAACUGCCCAAUUGUUUUUUUUUCGCAUUUAUUGAAAUUAUUGAAAGAGUUGUUGAAACUGCACACUUAAACAUUUAGAUAUACAGUAUAAUCCCAUGAAUAAAAUUCUCAUUGUACGCCAUGUGAGGACACUAAGAUGAAGGUAAUGGUACCGUCAGGUGUUUUGGAAGUUUCCAGAAGUUUAUUAGCUGCUAUUAGUGCACAAUUUUCAAAAUGUUUUAUUAUCUCAAAUAUUUUCAAACAAAAGGAAGUUUUAAUAUUCCAAAAACGAAGUUUCUAGUAGCUGUGAUUGCUGUGGGGUUUAUGAGACUGCACAAUGAAUCAAUACUGAUAUAAAGACACAG